UUUGCUUCCCCGUUUAGCUCAUUUAAGUCCGGUGAGAGAGGACGAAGUUCAGUACAGUAGUUGUGAAACUCCAGUCAGACAUUCUCUCCUGCUGGACAAAUUAGAGAUGGCCUCAUUAUUAUAGUUCAAUGUCCUGUUGGGCACAGGGAAUUCAAUUCAAAUGCCAACCCAAGAAGUGAAAGGAAACCCAUUUGUAAAUUCUGAAUGCCCCAUUUGCUUUAGAAGAAAGACUGCUGGCAGUAAGCAACUUUGUAAACACCUGGUCACCUGCACUCAGGAGUCAUGGCGCCCGCUGUCGGAGGUCCCGUGGGCUACACCCCGCCAGAAGGGGGCUGGGGUUGGGCCGUGGUGAUUGGUGCCUUUAUUUCUAUUGGAUUUUCCUACGCCUUCCCGAAGUCCAUCACUGUGUUCUUCAAAGAAAUCGAAGUGAUCUUCAAUGCCUCCAGCAGUCAAGUGUCCUGGAUCUCCUCCAUCAUGCUUGCUGUCAUGUACGCAGGAGGUCCUGUUAGCAGCAUUCUGGUCAAUAAAUAUGGAAGUCGUCCCAUUAUGAUUUUGGGAGGUUUACUCGCGGGAACAGGACUCAUUGCUGCCUCAUUCUGCAACACUGUCGAGGGCUUGUAUUUCUGCGUUGGUGUUGUGGGAGGUCUGGGAUUGGCAUUCAAUCUCAACCCAGCUCUAACUAUGAUUGGCAAAUAUUUCUACAAGAGACGGCCAAUAGCUAAUGGUAUUGCUAUGGCUGGCAGUCCGGUCUUUUUAUCAACUCUCGCUCCUUUAAACACAUGGUUCUACGAUCAGUUUGGCUGGCGAGGAAGCUUCUUGAUCCUGGGUGGACUUCUGCUCAACUGUUGUGUAGCCGGAUCGCUGAUGAGACCCAUUGGUCCGAAGCCUAAGCCGGCUGUUAAAGGGGUCACCGUUAACGGCCAAGCCGCCGAACGAAAGACCGUGAUUGAGAAGAUCAACAGUUUUAUCGAUCUCACGCUCUUCAAGCAUCGUGGCUUCUUGCUGUACCUUCUGGGUAACACUAUCCUGUUUUUCGGCCUCUUCACUCCACUUGUAUUUCUCAGCAAUUUCGCCAAAAGCAGAGAAAUUCCCAAGGAGAAGGCGGCUUUUUUGCUCUCCGUCCUGGCUUUUGUAGAUAUGGUGGCACGGCCUUCUAUGGGAAUAGUGGCUAGCACAAAAUGGGUGAGACCAAGGGUGCAAUACUUCUUUGCUGCCUCUGUCCUUAUGAAUGGUGUGUGUCACCUGUUCGCCACUCUAUCGACGGACUACGUAGGAUUUGUGAUUUACUCCAUCUUCUUUGGGUUUGCCUACGGGUGGCUGAGCUCCGUGCUGUUUGAGACCCUUAUGGAUCUGGUGGGAGCUCAGCGGUUUUCCAGUGCUGUCGGGCUGGUGACGAUUGUGGAAUGUGGGCCGGUGUUGCUGAGUCCUCCUUUACUAGGUAAAUUCAAUGACAUUUACCACGACUACAAGUACACAUAUAUUUCCUGUGGAAUUGUCCUGCUGGUUGGCGGUUUGUUUCUUUUCGUCGGGAUGGGCAUCAACUACAGGCUACUGGAUAAGGAGGCGAAAGAAGAUUCCAAGAGAGCCAAGCUGCAGGGAAGGGAGGACAGUGUAAACAGAGAGCCUGGCAAAGACGUUGCAGAGGCUUUGAAAGUAUCCGAAGAAAAUACAGCAGAGCAUUCUGUGUGAUAUUUUAUUCGUUCAUUCAUUCUGUUAAACACUAGUGUCAAUUCUGUUCAUACUUAAAAGAGUAGUUCACCCAAAAAUGGUCCCCAUUGACUUGACAAUAGUAUUUUUUAUUCUUGCUAUGAAAAGUCAAUGGAUCCCAGUUUUGGAGUGGACUACUCCUUUAAUGUCUUAAUGAGUGUUUUUUUUUUUAUUAAGAUUUUGAAAAAGUUUAAACUUGUAGGAUGAGAGUUUGUCUCUUUACUUUUGGGAAAUGCAAUGCAUGUGCCGGCAAAAAGGAAGUUACCUUGCAUAAAGGACAUGUGAGUGAAUGAUAAGAGAGAUUAGUGAAUAAUGCACAAUGUUUCAAUAUAUGCAUGCUUUUUAAUUGUCAUAAAGUACAGCUGUGAAUUAUUUCAGCAGUAUCCACAUUUCAUUUGCCAAUGUCUGUUUUUUUUAUUUUUGCACGUCUGUAGUUUAUGUAUGUAUAGCCUAGUGAUGCUGUUUGUGUAUUUACUGAAAAAAAAGAAUUUGCUGGAUUUACGUAAUUCAAUUAUGGGCAUCGGUUCAACAUGAAUAAACUUAACAUAUUACAUCUGCAGAUACAUGUUCAUUUUAUUUUAAGAUAACCUAUUUCAAUCAUGUAGAACUGGUGUCCAUAAUUGAAUUACAUAAAUCCAACAAUUAUUUUUUUUCAGUGUUGUCUAUUAAGUGUUGUGUAUUGCCAAACCUGUUUAAAUAUAUAUUUAGUUUGUUGCAAAACAAUUAAAAUUAUUAUCAUUUUAAUAUGAA